AUGAUGGCAAUCAGAUCAAAAGAAACCCCAUUUGAAAGAAGAGAACGACUGAACCUAGAGACGGCCAUCGCCCUAAGCACAAGUAAUCACAUGACUAGUCAAAUCGAAUGCGAUUCGCUCGAUAGCGACAAUCGACCCAAGGGGCCAUCCAGGUCUCCACAUUUCAUCCCGAACAGUCAGAGCGACGAGGAAAUCAUUCAGGAUUUUACCGUCAGAGAUUCGCCCGCCUCCUCAAAACAGCCUCCAUCAACUGCCAUCAUCUUACCCGUCCAAUCUUCCUCCAUGGAUGCCGGUCUGCCAGUCGAAUCCAGAGGACCAGGCUGGUCCAUGGACAAGUUUCACGCUGGAACGUCUCCGACUACUGACCUAUCUACUCACCUAAAACCCAAGCAACUUAGUAAUUCAUCAACAUCGACCGCGCAAACCCCCCAACCGCCCAUCCUGGUAGCUCCGUCCAGCGCCUCUCCCAGUACCAAGCCCACCACCACUCGACCCAAGCCUCGCCCACCUCGUCUGGGGGCUGCCUCAAUCGAGCAAGCUCGUGAGCGACUGAAGUUGAGAGAAUCUACAGACUCAUCCACGAAUCCAACAUCUAGCUCAACAAUCGAACAGUCCUUACAAGACCCUUUUCAUCCAAGUCGCGUCAAAUCCAAACCUCCUGAAGUGCUCCAGCUGCCUGAAGCCACAACGCGGAACGUACCUCAUCAGACACCUGUUGAAACCUCUCGAAAUCGACAACCUUCAACCACAUCCGAACGGCCGAUACUUCCUAAAUCACCUGAAAUCACAAUCCCUUCGAAUCACGAGGGAUCCAGUCGACAGAAGCCACCUGAAGCACAGGCCCCACCAACGAACAAAAAACGAAAGAUGAAAGAGCAAGAUCAAUUGGAAACCGAGCCACCACGAGGGUCCGAAAAGGCCAAGGCCAAAGUGAGUGCGGACGGAAAGCGAGUUAGAAAACAAUCCGCCGUUGGGAAAGCUUCUGCAAAAUCGUUACAGAUCCUUAUAAACCUCUCGCAGUCGUCAGAUGAUGCCGCCGACGCAAACUCAAUACCGCGGGAUCCGAUCAUCAUUGGCGGUUCUGAUAAAACUCAGAGACGUCGUGUCUAUAGAAAUGGUUGGGUCCUUGCAUCCAGUCCAGAACCAGAACCGGAUACUCCCAGCAAGGCUCCAUUAACAAUUAGAGACAAAGCUGCCAGCUCAGUUCAUCAAUCUCGACAAGAAACUUUUGCUCCACCUCAGGCUACCGUGUCGAAAGACGCAACCUCACAGCCGUUUCUUGAGAUCAUUUCUUCCCCAUUGAGUAGCCCGUCCGGAUUCUCCGCUGAGGAAACGGCUCCGAAGGCCUCUAAACACUCAAAACCUACUGUCGUUCCCAAAAAGCGUGCCCCCAAAAAAAAGGCGACCCCAAAGCCCAAAGCUACUAAGAAUCGAAAAGAAUUGGUUGUCGAUACGCCUGCCGUCCCCAACAAUAAAGGUUCGCCGCUAGCCCAUGAGGAGCAUCCUGCGGGAGACUCAACUCCCAACAAAGUAAACUUCGCCUGUCCUCUAGCGGAUGUUCAGAACCCUCAACUGGAGCCUGAAACUCUCGAAGAACCCGACCAAACAAGAAACAAGUUGCUUCCUCAAUCCAAGGCACGUCAAAGUCCUCGCAGAAGAGCUGGGGCAAGUACAAGCCAGAUCGUCUCGAUCGGUACUCCGGUAACUAGUGAACGGAUCGCAGUCGCAAAUAAAAUUGCAAGCUUGAGUAAAUCCCAAACAGCCGGACCAUCGACAGGUGACCAUCCGCAGGACUCGGCCGGUGGAACAAAGGCAACGAUGCAGUCAGCAAAAGCUGAGAACAAGAAAAAGGCGCGACCACAGGCUCUGAAAGGGAAGAGCUUAGCUGAAAUCAUAGCAAGCACAUGCCCGCAAGCCAAGCGAGGGCUCAGGAUUGGUUUACCGAGGGAGGAAAAGCAUCGACUACAUGUUAACAUCAAUCCAAAUCCGCCCGUCCAGAGGCAAGUCAAGAAGAAGUUGAAAGUCAAGAGAGGUGAAUACGAUAGCGGUGAAGAUGAUCCUCAUUCAAAAAAUAGCGGAUCGAGCGAGAGCGAAGACUCAGACGAAAAGAAAGGCAGAAAGAAGUCUAAAUCGAAAAACCAUAAAUCAGAUGAAGAUUUUGAUGAAGAGGAAAAGGAAGAGGAAGCUGCAAAGGGAAACAAUUAUUAUGAUGAAGAAUACUAA